AUGACAAUAGAUAAUCCAACUAUAACAACAACUAACAAUGGAACCAUUCAACUAACAAGUGAUAACUAUAUUAAUAAUAUAACAUUAAAAACUAAUGUAAAACCAUCAAGUCAAACUAAAACAGUAACAAUUACUGAAAAUACAACAACAACCAUUACACCAGAUAAUAAUAUACCUUACUUAGAUUCAGUAAUAGUAACUACAAAUGUACAACCAAUAGGAGCUUUAGUAACUAGAACAUUCACAGAAAGUGGAUUCUAUGAAAUAAAAAGACCACAAGACUAUUACAUGAGUCAAGUAAACGUAACAAUAAAUAUACCUCAAAUAAAUGGAAUAAAUUACUCAUUAGAUGACUCAUCAACUUACGAUCUAACACCACAAGGAAUGACAAUAAACGAAAUACAAAAUACAACACAAGAUACAACCAUAUUCCCAACAGAUUUAACAUACACAAACAAUGUAGCACUACUAAAACCACUAGGAACAUACACAAUAAGAAUUGACACAACGGGAGCAGGAGAUAUAACAAUAAUAAAACAUAAAGAUGGAGGAUUACAAAUAGAAGAAGGAGCUGAUGGAAAAACUUACGGUUUUUAUCCAGAAAAAAGCUACUUUUAUUUAAUUAAAAAUGCAGAUACUAUAAGACUCAUGGAUCAAAACAAUACUCAUAUGUUCUCAACUACAAUGAAAGCAUAUUCAGAUACAAUGGACAGUCUCUUCAUAACAGACUCUUUAUUAUUAACAACAUUUAAAACAACCUUUUUCCCAACUUACUAA